CGAGGAGGCAGGGAGACGGGCAGGAGCCGAACAGGACGGAGCAGAGCACCUGUCUGCGCUGUUUGGGUGGGGAGUGUGGAGGUGUGCAGGCGGGUUUUGAAGGUGCAGACAGCACUUGCGUACUCCUGCGACCUGACCGCCGUCCUGUGAUUACAAAGGAGUCCCGACCGAGCUCUUCAAGCGUUCCUCCGCCCCGCAUCUGCGCAUCUCCGUUGUUGUUGUUGUUGUUGCCGAAGACACGUACACGCAGGAUGAUCUCGCUACCUGCCGUGAUCAGACAACUCUUGUCCGCCUUUCAGGCGUCCCGGGCCAGCAGAAACCAAUUGCCGGCGCUGGAAACGUCGUUCAACCCGGUCCCCAACAUCAGAAACUUGCCGAAAAACGUGCAGAACGCCGGCUGGGCCACGAUCCUGCACUUCUCGCUCAUCUUGACGGUGUUCACGUUCUCCAUCUCCAUCAUGCAGGUGCCGCUGCUGGCAAAGCUGGUCGUCGUGCUGGUGCUUGUCUACAUCAACUUUGCCCCGGUGUUCUCGCAGUUCUUCACCAACGGCCUCCCGAUCUUGGCGUGGGUUUUCCUCUUUUUCAACUCCAAGUUCAUCCCGCUCUCGAUGAAGAGACCCAUCUCCGUGAAGGUCUUGCCCAUCUUGGAAACCGUCUUCUUUGGCGACAACUUGUCCGAGAUUUUGGCGUCCAAAACAAACACGUUUUUCGACGUGUUCUCGUGGCUCCCCUACGGCCUGAUCCACUUCGCCUUGCCCUUUGUUGUGGCCUUCUUGAUCUUCGUCUUUGCGCCCCCACAGACCUUGCCUCAGUUCUGCUGGUCCUUUGGCUUCAUGAACUUGUCCGGCGUCUUUGUGCAGAACAUCGUCUUCUCCUGCGCCCCUCCCUGGUACAAGGUUCUCCACGGGCUUGAAAAGGCAAACUACUCCAUGAAGGGCUCGCCUGGAGGAUUGGGCCGAAUCGACCUCUUGCUCGGCUUUGACAUGUACACCUCGGGUUUCACAAACUCCCCGCUCAUCUUCGGAGCCAUGCCUUCCUUGCAUUCGGGCUGCUCGACCAUGGACGCCCUUUGGUUGACUUACCUACUACCAAAGGGAGCCCCAAUCUGGAUCUCCUACGUCAUCUGGUUAUGGUUCUCAACCAUGUACUUGACCCACCACUACUUCAUCGAUGUCGUCGCAGGUUCCUGCUUGGCUGUUUUCUUUUUCUCCUGUGUUAAAUGGAGAGGAAAGUUGCCGAUCAACGACCGCUUCUGCAGAUGGGACUACGACUCCCUCUCUUUCCACAACAUCUGGAACGAGGAUCCUCUAAAGCCUUCCGACUUCUUUGCAGAUGUAGAUGGCCUCAACGAUCCAAUGUCCUCUCCAUCACCUUACGACUUGGAAAACCAAAUCCCUUUGAACGACCUUUCCUCCUCCUCAAUUUCGAACAAUGUUAUAAACAACAUCACGUUUGAAGGUGGUACCAGCAAGGCUAACCUUGCCAACCCUAAACCAAAUGGCAUCAACAAUUCAAAGAACAAGAAAAGCGAUGUGGAGACAGAUCCAAACCUGGAUUCGGAGAAAAGAGAUCUUUUCUAUUCAGAUGAUGAGAUAGCAGAAGCCUACGAUAUAGAAAAAUCUGUCAACACGACAACGAAAACAGUCCCUAAAAGAUUUAAAGAAUCAUUUGAGGUUACUUUAUCAACAAACUCACAGCAUAAUCGUGACUCGGAAGACGUCAAUCGUCAGAUACAAGGCAGCACCUCCUCUUCUGGCACGAAAUAAUAUUUUUGAUGGCUGCCUGAUUUUUACCCUUUUCUCGUUCACUAGAUCAUUCUUUCUUCCUGCAUAUCUUUACUACGUUAUUCCCGAUUUUGAAAAACAAACAAUAACAAUAAUCAGUCCUAGAAACAGAAAAAUCUUCCACUUCUCUUUUCUUUUUCUUUUUAAUUCUAUCUCAAAACCCCUAAUGUUUAACUUACCCCUGUUCCUAUUUCAUAAUUCUAUUCCGAAUCGUAUAUACAUUCUUUUUUCUUUAUAAAUUCACAAUGCACCUCUUACGAAUGUCUCUCUUUAUAUAUAUACACACCCAUAAAUAUGAUUAUAUCUGAACUUGAACAUCAUCAUAUCUAUUCCCAACUUUGGACUUCC